AGCAGUGGGGCAAGAAGCGCCACCGACCGACUGUGUGGCCCACGCUCGUUGAUGAGCCGCGUUUGCACGUCGCGAUCAGACCGUUGGUAGACACGAUCGCGAGAGGUGUGACCAGUCCGUUUGGUUGGCGCGAGUUUGGCGCGAUUGCUGCAAAAAGUCGCCCAGCGAUUAAGUGAGGGGGGGACAGUCUUCAUCAUUAUCAUCACCGCAGUUGAAGAGAUCAAAGUUGAGAGGUUCCAUUUAGGAAGGAAAGCUUUCAUCUGGACCCUGAGGGUGGGAGAGGACGAAGAAGUGAUUUAAUCGUUUUUUUUCUUGUAAGUGUGUUUUGUUGGUGCAAGUUGAGGGAAGUUACAGGAAGAAAACAAGAAGAGGAGACAAAAUAAAAACGUUGACCUUUUUUAAUCGUUGCUACCUUGAUGAAGUUCCUGAACUGGGCCUGUGGCGAGGUGCGUUGAGUUCGUUAAGUGACCAGUCUCGGUCCAACCUUCUAACAGGUAGUUCUAACCAAGAUGCGUCCCACAAGUGUAGUGAACCUUGCUCUCGUCGUGAUCCUCCUCCUACUGGGUGGAAUGGGGACAUUCACCGAUGGCCUGCUAGACUUUCGGACAAUGCUAAACGGCUUUUACGGACUGCCUUCAGACCUGUUCGAAAUCAACUACGGCAAUCCCAAGUUACGUAAAGAGUACGAUUUUGUGAUCGUCGGCGCAGGCCCUGCUGGCUGUGUUUUGGCAAACCGGCUCUCCGAAGAUCCAUCGGUGACCGUUCUGCUGCUUGAAAUUGGCAAAGGCGAAAUACCGGUCUUCUCCGAUCCACCGCUCCUAGGUCCUACCCUAGCCUCAACUGAUUACAACUUUGGUUAUCAAACCGAGGUCCAGCGGUACGGCUGUCAAGGGCUUCGCGGCAAACGAUGCUCCUGGGCUCACGGUCGUGGUGUGGGUGGAUCGUCGAUCAUCAACAACGUGAUCUUCACCCGCGGGAACAAACGGGACUACGAUGCGUGGGCACGCGCAGGGAACCCGGGCUGGAGCUGGGACGAGAUCAUGCCAUACUACAAGAAGCUGGAGAAUGCCAACAUCAAGGACUUUGGAGAUAACGGGUUCCACGGCAAGGGUGGACGACUGUCGGUGGAGGAUUGUCCGUUCAGAUCUAAAAUCGCCGAAGCCUUCGUCGCGGGAGCCCAGCAGGCCGGCUACCGCUAUCUGGAUUACAACUCGGGCGAUCUGAUCGGAGUUUCGUUCCUGCAGGCCCACACCCGCAAUGGGCGCCGCGCCACCGGGGGCAACUCUUACCUCAAGGACAUUGUCCAUCGGCCUAAUUUGCACAUAAUGACGCGCUCGUGGGCGACCAAGGUGCUGAUCGAUUCCCGUACGAAGGAAGCCACCGGGGUUCAGUUUGUACGCGAGAGGCGUAGCUACGUGGUCAACGCCCGGAGGGAGGUGAUACUGUCGGCUGGGGCGUUCGAGAGUGCCAAGCUGCUGAUGUUAUCGGGCGUUGGACCGUCGAAGCAACUGCAGAAGUUUGGGAUCAAGGUGUUGAAGGACUUGCCAGUGGGGGAGCAAGUUACGGAGCAUGGUGGGGUGUUCGGGCCAGUUUUCGUCGUUAACAAUGAUCCGGAUGGGUUGAGGAGUCUGGAGCAGGUUGCGACGAUGAGUGAGUUUAUGAGGUUCAGGAAUGGAAGCGGUCCGAUGACAUCGAAUUCGGUGGAGAGUUUGCUGUACGUGCGAUCGCCAGUGGCGGAGGAUCCUGACCCGGACCUGCCCGAUGUAGAGAUUAUGCAGUCGUAUUUGACGUUCGGGUUUGAUUCGUCCCCGUCGACCAAGUUUGCCUACCAGUUGUCGGAUGAAGUGGACAAAGCGUACUUCCGACCUUUGCAGAAAAUGCGAGCAUUUAUGUACCUUCCUUUGUUGCUGAAGGCACGCGCAAGAGGUCAGGUGCGACUAAAGUCAACCAACCCAUUCCAUCACCCAGAGUUCAAGUAUCAGUACUUUGAGGAUGAUCGUGACGUGGAAGCGUUGGUGUACGGCAUUCUACAAGCUAUCAGAGUAACAUCUCAACCAGCGUUUGAAAAGCUGGGCGUGGAGUUGUACGCCAACAAGGUGCCCGGAUGUCAGCACUUGAAGUUCAACACGCUGGACUACUGGCGGUGUCACGUGCGAACGUUGACAGCCACCUUCCAGCAUCAGGUCGCGACCUGUAAAAUGGGUCCCGCGAGUGACCCGGAAGCGGUGGUAGACCCACGGUUGCGAGUCCACGGCAUUCGGCGACUCCGCGUGGCGGACAUUGGAAUCAUUCCGGAUUCCCCAACUGGCCAUACUAGUGCGCAUAGCUUCGUGAUAGGCGAGAAGGCAGCCGACCUCAUCAAGGAGGAUAAUAGUUUAUUUUGAAUCUGCAACGCACUGUCGAUUAGUUGUUAAGUUAGGGGUAAGUUACAGCUCAAAAACAAUAAACUGGAAAUGUUCCGUGAACGCUUGAA